AUGACGGACCUCCGUGUAGUCGCACUCAUCCUUUCUUUCCUCGUCGUUCUCAUUGGAACACUACAUUCCGUAAAAAAUCAUACCUACCUCGAUACAUCAAACCCCCUCCUCACCGCGCUUCCCCAUCCACUCCACAAAACUCAUUACUUCGCCUCCAAAUCGAAUCCACUCAACACCGUCUUCAUCAAGCGCGCCUGGGGGUGGACCUCAGCCGUCUUCAUCCUUCAUAUCUUUACAUCUCCUCCAAGGACACACCGGGCGCGCCGUACCAUUCAGUACCUGCUCGCCACCUUCACCUGGCUUGCUUUCACAACAUGGUUCUUCGGACCCGCUCUCAUCGACCGCUUCAUUGUCGUGUCCGGGGGCGAAUGUGUCCUGCACCUUCCAGGGCCGGACGGCGCGUAUGUGCCCGUUGAUCAAGAGUACUGCUUUACGCAUGCCCGUCUUUCCCCAUCGACUCACCCAGAUCUGUUCCCCCCCGUCCCCAACGCCUCUGCACUGCUGGAGAAAUGGGCCGGCGUGCCGCGUUUGCGAAGAGGCCAUGACGUCUCCGGCCACGUGUUUCUUCUUACGCUCUCCACGCUCUUUCUGGCGGACCAGGUCCGCGCCUCGUUCCGGGCUCGCACUGCGUGGUCGCAGGCCCAUCUGCUCGGCGUCGUCUUCAGUGUUUCGUUGAUCAUGUUGUGGUUGUUUGCCAACUGGACGACGAGCGUGUACUAUCACUCGCCUGUGGAAAAAGUGUCUGGCUUCCUUCUCGGCGUUCUCGGCUUCGCUGCCUCGCAGGCACCACUAUUGCUGUUUCCCGAGGCGGUCAGUUCACCAGCACCAAUUGCAGCCAAGCUACAUCAGAGUUGA